AUGUGGCGCCCUCAUCGGAAGAAACGGAAACUAUCUGUAAUAAACCAGCUGAUUAUAAACAACCAAAACUAUUUUCUUACAAUGUAACGCCUUUAAAACACCUUUAACUCGAAUAUAUUACUCAGUUAUCAUGGAAGUUGAUGAUAUACCCCAGAUUGCGCCUAAUGUCGACUUCAAUUCGAUACAACCAAUCCACCAGAAAAGAACAAUUGCCUUUGUCAAUCAUUUCCUGUUGAGUACUGUAUCAUUCCUGAAUGAUUUUGCGUCAUCAUGUGAGUCUAGAUUGAUGCAGUUUGAGUAUAAACUGCAGAAGGUUGAAGCUUCUUUGUUGAUUUUAGAGUCACAGUUAUCAAGUAUUCCUGACUUGAAUGAUGUCAGUAGUAAACCUGCUCAAGUCAAUGUGGACUUGCCAGAGGUUGAAGUAACUACAACUGAUGCAGUAGUAGUGGAAACAGAGCAGAAUCAAAGUGAAAAUGUGAAUGCAGAGCAAGGAAAUGAACAAAAAGAUGAGAAGGAUGUAAAUACUGAAGAAAACAACAAUGGGUUGCAAAGUGAUGGGCUGAAAGCCAGUGCUGAUCCAAGAUUUAGGAAAGUUUUCAAAAUGUUGCAAUUUGGAGUGCCUGCUGAAGCAGUCAGACUGAAAAUGAAGGCAGAAGGCGUUGAUCCACAAAUAUUGGACAAUCCAAAUGCAGUUAUAGAAGAAUAAAUCAACACAAACGCAUAUUUUUCAUAAUAAAUUCGCAAUAAAAUUAUUGUUUUUGCAUUUAUUUUUUAUAAAUACAAAGAUGUUCUUAUCUAUUUAACAAA